CUAGCCUAAGAAAUUUUUAAGAUGGCGAGUUUCUCAGCUUUAAAGGCCGUGGAAAAAGCUGGAUUUAUAGCGGCUCGCUCAUUCAGUACAACUUUUACAGCUAAAGCUUCACAAGUUAAGGCUCCUAUUAAAGUGUUUGGGAUUGAAGGUCGCUAUGCUCAUGCCUUGUACUCUGCGGCAGUUAAAAGUAAACAACUUGACAAAGUUGAGACAGAACUUGACAAGAUACAGGGACUUCUGAAAAGUGACCCAAAACUAGCAGAUUUUUUGAAAGACCCCACUUUAAACAAGGUUAAAAAACAAAAUACCUUGCAUGAUGCAUUUAAGAAGAUGAGCUUUUCUGAUCUUACCAUCAAUCUCUUCGGUGCUUUAGCUGAAAAUAAUCGCCUGCCUUUAUCUGGUAACGUUAUCAAAGCCUACUCACAGAUAAUGUCAGCCCAUCGUAAAGAAGUACCAUGUGUUGUGACAACAGCCAAAGCUCUUGAUGCAGCAAACAUGAAAGAAUUGGAACAAUCACUGAAAAGUUUUGUCAAACCAGAUGAAACUCUGAAAAUUGAGACAAAGAUUGAUCCAAAUAUUAUUGGUGGUAUGAUAGUGAAUAUCGCAGACAAGUACGUGGAUAUGUCCAUUUCAACAAAGAUUAAAAAGAUCACAAGUGCUAUGGAAGCAAACUUAGACUAAUAAUAUAAUUUUAUUCAGAUACGGAUCCACCCAGUUGUGGACACUGCUUUGCCUUUGUCAGGUUGUUUUGAGAUAAAUAAAUUUUUCAAAAG